AUGGCGAAGAAGAAGCAUGCAUCAAAGAGGCUCCAAAGAGAGGAGAAAAGAAUAGUCAAGUUUAACUUCUACAUUCCUCCAGAAGUAUGCGAGAAUAUUCUCGUCAGGGUGGAUGCCAAGAAUCUCUGCAGAUUCAAGUGCGUCUGCCAUGGAUGGUAUGAUCUGAUCUCCAGCUCUCGUUUCACCAAGAAACAAUUUGAGCUAUUAAAACCAGACCCCGAGCGAAACCCUGAUCGAGUAUUCAUGAUCUACCCACAUGCCACCAUUGAUAUCAAUGCUUGUAUUGGCAGCCAAAAAUACAACGAAGGCAGCAAUCUGAUGAAUAAAAAGGUUCGCUAUCCAAAGCCGUCUUCUUUCGGUUCUUUGCGAAUCAUGGGUUCUUGCGAUGGCUUAGUAUCCUUAAUGAGUGAAUACAAUAAAAACAAGGUUAUAUUGAUGUGGAAUCCUUCCACAAAAGAUUUACUAACUUUAGAUGUGCCUGAAUCUGAAUCCGUUGGUUAUGGUCACGAGUUUUAUUGGUUCGGCCACAAUGAUUGCAGCAGUAAUAAUGGUAGUUACAAAUUAGUUUUAUGCCUUCGCACCACUUUGUAUAAUCCUAUUUAUACAAUAUAUGUACUCAACUCGAACUCGAGCAGAAGUUUGUACCACUGGACAAGGACUGCCGAACUGCAACUAAUAUCACAAAUGCCUUAUGGACAGAGAUUGCAUGGAUGUAGGGGCACCUUACUAAACGGCAUAGUUCAUUGGCCAUCAUAUUGCGAGGUGACUGCUUAUCAUCUAUCAGAAGCCACAGUUAGGAGGAUAGCAGUGCCCAGUAUCAAUCAUGGCGAUGGUCAUGGUUGGGAUCAAUGCUUUACAUUGGGGGUUUUUGACGGAUGCCUUGGUGCAAUUUGUAAGCCGCCUGAGAAUAAAUUCGAAAUAUGGAUAAUGAAAUAA